AUGGGCGCCGCCGCCUCCAGGAGGAGGGCGCUGAGGAGCGAGGCCAUGUCCUCCGUGGCGGCCAAAGUGCGAGCAGCCCGUGCAUUUGGAGAGUACCUGUCCCAGAGUCACCCUGAGAACCGCAAUGGUGCAGACCACCUGCUGGCCGACGCCUACUCUGGCCACGACGGGUCCCCCGAGAUGCAGCCAGCCCCCCAGAACAAGCGCCGCCUCUCCCUUGUCUCCAACGGCCGCUAUGAGGGCAGCUUGUCCGAGGAGGCGGGUGGCGAGAAGCCGGCGGGUGAGGGCCCCGAGCCCCACGUGUACACCAUCUCGGGCGAGCCAGCCCUGCUGCCUGGCCCCGAGGCCGAAGCCAUUGAGCUGGUGGUGGUGAAGGGGCGGCGGCAGGGCGGACACCACCACCACCACAGCCAGCCCCUGCGUAGCAGCCCCAGCGGCAGCCGUGAUGACCUCAGCAGGUCCUGCCAGAGCUGGGCGGGCAGCCGCCAGGGCUCCAAGGAGUGUCCCGGCUGUGCCCCGCUGGCCCCCGGCCCCUCCCCACGGGCCUUUGGGCUGGACCCGCCGCCCCUGCCUGAGCCUGCCGGCCGCCGCAAGAAGCUGGAGAGGAUGUACAGCAUGGACCGCAUGUCUGAUGACAUCCCCAUCCGCACCUGGUUCCCCAAGGAGAACCUUUUCAGCUUCCAGACAACAACCACAACUCUGCAAGCCAUCUCGGUGUUCAGGGGCUACGCAGAGAGGAAGCGUCGGAAGCGAGAGAAUGAGUCCGCGUCUGUAAUCCAGAGGAACUUCCGCAAACACCUGCGCAUGGUCGGCAGCCGGCGGGUGAAGGCCCAGACGUUCGCUGAGCGGCGCGAGCGGAGCUUCAGCCGGUCCUGGAGCGACCCCACCCCCAUGAAAGCCGACACUUCCCACGACUCCCGAGACAGUACUGACUUGCAGAGCUCCUGCUGUACCUUGGAUGAGACCUUCGAGGGCCUGGACUGGGAGGCUGAGAAGGGUCUGGAGGCCGUGGCCUGCGACUCAGAGGACUUUGUACCCCCCAAGGUCAUGCUCAUCUCCUCCAAGGUCCCCAAAGCUGAGUACAUCCCCACCAUCAUCCGCAGAGACGACCCUUCCAUCAUCCCCAUUCUCUACGACCAUGAGCACGCAACGUUUGAGGACAUCCUGGAGGAGAUCGAGAAGAAGCUGAACAUCUACCACAAGGGGGCCCGGAUCUGGAAGAUGCUCAUCUUCUGCCAGGGAGGCCCUGGACACCUCUAUUUGCUCAAGAACAAGGUGGCCACGUUUGCCAAAGUGGAGAAGGAAGAAGACAUGAUCCACUUCUGGAAGCGUCUGAGCCGCCUGAUGAGCAAAGUGAACCCCGAGCCGAAUGUCAUUCACAUCAUGGGUUGUUACAUCCUGGGGAACCCCAAUGGAGAGAAGCUGUUUCAGAACCUCAGGACCCUCAUGACCCCAUACAGGGUCACCUUCGAGUCCCCCCUGGAGCUGUCGGCCCAAGGGAAGCAGAUGAUCGAGACCUACUUCGAUUUUCGGCUGUACCGCCUGUGGAAGAGCCGGCAGCACUCGAAGCUGCUGGACUUGGAUGAUGUCCUGUGA